AUGGCGUAUCAAGGUCAAGCGGCGGAUUAUUACAACAACAACAAUUACCAACUUAUUGAUAGUCCUCCACACAAUCAGACUGGGUAUCAAUCAUAUCCUCCACCAUCAACCGCGCCUCCUCAGAACAAUGGCCAAAACCAGCAACCUUAUCAGCAACCAUACCUGCAACCACACCAGCAGCAGCCACCAAACGAUGGCCCAAAAUUCAAUCAGCAACCUCCCACCUAUGGCCAGAACUUCGCCCCUCCCCAGGACAACAAACAGAGCUUUCAAGACACGUUCAAAAUCCCGAAGCCCAAGUACAAUGAUCUAUGGGCAGGCCUACUGUUUCUUGCUACUUUCUGUGGCUUCGUGGCGGUCUCAGGUCUCACUCUCUACCGAUAUUCCAGGUACCACUCAUUCAAUGGAGGAGGAAUCUAUGGUUCAGCCAAUGACUUUUCCUUGGACACCAACACCAUAAUCCUUUUCGCCUUCGUUCUUGCUGUUGGCUUUGCUGUCUCGUGGGCCUAUUUCCUCUCGGCGCGUGCUUUCACCAAGCAGUUCAUAUGGAUCACCGGAAUCCUCAAUUGUGUGCUAGCGGUUGGCACGGCCGCCUACUACCUAUAUCGACGACUUUGGAGUGCCGGAAUCAUCUUUGCCAUCUUUGCCAUCUUCGCUAUCAUCUGCUUCAUCAGCUGGAUUCCGAGAAUACCCUUCACGGUAGUCAUGAUGCAGCAGACCAUGGACGUCGCUCGUAUGAAGCGAGUUCACGUUUUCCUCAUCAGUUUGAUCGGUGGAAUAAUCACUGUUGCCCUUUCGGCUUGGUUCUCAAUCACUCUGGUUGCAAUUUAUGUUUCAUACAUGCCAGGCAAUUCCAAUAGCAAUGCGAACCCAGCUUGUGCGGAUGGUGGAUGUUCCAGCGGGAAAGUCAUUGGUCUGGUUGUAUUUGUGACCUUCGCCGGAUAUUGGAUUUCAGAAUGGCUCAAAGCCACCAUUCACACUACAGUCGCAGGCACUUAUGGGAGUUGGUAUUUCUGCGCUGGCAAGCCUGGAGGCAUCCCGAAAGGAGCCACCGCCGGUGCUCUCAAGCGUGCCACAACCUACUCAUUCGGGUCAAUUUCUCUCGGUAGUCUUUUGGUCGCAAUCAUCAACAUGCUUCGUCAAAUUUGCAGCGUGGCCCAACAACAAUCAUCUGCAGAUGGAAACAUCAUUGGAACCAUCAUGUUCUGCGUCUUGGGAUGUCUCAUCUCGAUACUACAAUGGGCAGUCGAGUUUAUCAAUCGAUAUGCCUUCUGUCACAUCGCGCUAUACGGAAAGGCAUACAUCGCGGCCGCCAAGGACACCUGGAAGAUGAUGAAGGAUCGGGGUUUUGAUGCAAUGGCAGCAGAUUGCCUGGUCGGACCUGUCAUUUCCAUGGGUUCGCUUUUCGUCGCGUACCUUACUGCCCUACUUGCCUACCUCUACCUGGAGUUCACCAAGCCGGCCUACAACGAUGGCCGCACGUUUACACCAGUCAUUAUGGCAUUCUCGUUCCUGAUUGGUCUUCAAAUCUGCCAGGUUUUCAUGACUCCGAUUUCAUCAGGAGUCGAGACCAUCUUUGUCGCGAUGGCUUGGGACCCUCAGGUACUCAUGGUAGACCAUCCUGAGUUCUACGAAAGAUUGAUGCAUGUUUAUCCACAAGUACAACACAUGAUUCAAAGUGUGUGA